UCAACGGCCACGAACGUGUUUUUCGUUCUUCGGUUCCCGCGCAUGCAUAUAUAUAUAUAUAUUAUAUACACACGUACCCGAGACUGAUCCGAAUGAAACAUAAUCGAGACGCUGUCAGAAAUUCGUAGUAUAAACCGUAAUAACAAACAGACGCCGCGACACAUACUCGGUUGUUUCUCGAGAGUUUACUAGAAAAAAAAAAGCAACAGAAAAAAAAACAAAAAAGUUCUUUGGUUUUUCGAUUCUUUGGUUCUUCAUUUUCGUUUCCGCAACUGUGGCUUUAAUCAAUCAAACUGGAUUCCAACAAGCAGUACAUGUCGCGAUUACAUCGCGGCUACCGGAGGCUUAAGAAAUUAUUCAAGUGUGUGGCGAACCAGGCGCUUACCGUUUCGCCACAGCCGGCAGUAACGGUGGAGGGGCCGGUGUCCAAAAUGUCUCCACCAACGAACGACGUGACCAAUGGUGUGGUUGCGCCAGCCAACACCUUGGCGCCCCGGGUUUCGCCUACAACGAACCCGGCCCUUACCACCAUCAACCCGCCAACGCACAAACGGACUCCCAAGGACUUCAUCUUUGGCAAGGUGAUCGGCGAGGGAAGCUUCUCCACCGUUUACCUCGCGAAGGAUAUCCACACCAGCAAGGAGUACGCGAUCAAGGUGUGUGACAAACGUCACAUCAUCAAGGAGAAGAAGACCGAGUACGUGAAGCGAGAGAAGGAGGUGCUGAACAUGCUCGCGGGCGCGAAACACUCGUUCGUGCGCCUGUUCUGCACGUUCCAGGACGUGGAAAGACUCUAUUUCGUUCUAUCCUACGCGAAGAACGGUGAGCUCCUGCCCUACAUCAACAAGGUGGGCUCGUUCGACAUCGAGUGCACCAAAUUCUACUCGGCGGAGAUCCUGCGCGGUCUCGAGUACCUCCACGGCCUCGGGAUCAUCCAUCGGGAUCUCAAGCCGGAGAACAUACUGCUGGACGAGAAAAUGCACGUGCUCAUCACCGACUUCGGCAGCGUGAAGAUCCUCAAGGACCCGGAGACGGUGUUGACGCACACGACCACCGACGAUCCCCAGCAGCAGCAACAACAACAGCAACAGUAUCGAAGGGAGCGCAGGGGAUCGUUCGUUGGUACCGCCCAAUACGUGUCGCCGGAACUCUUGACCGACAAGACAGCGAGCAGAGCCUCCGAUCUCUGGGCCCUUGGCUGCAUAGUCUACCAGAUGGUCGCCGGUCUGCCCCCGUUCCGUUCCAGGAGCGAGUACAUCAUUUUCCAAAAGAUCCUGAAACUCGAGUACGCGAUACCCGACGGUUUCUGCGAGCUGGCGAGAUCCCUGGUCAGCCAGCUGCUGGUGCUCGAGCCGUCGGAGAGGUUGGGCGCCCAGGACGAGCACGGCGCCGGAUACCCCAGCAUCAGGGCGCAUCCAUUCUUCGAGGGCGUCGACUUCGAGACGCUGCACGAGCAGACACCGCCGCCGAUCUACCCCUACCUGCCCGGCACGUCGGAGCACGAGGAGCUCAGGUCUCAGUACAGGGUUCCCGAUCAUCUCGAACCCGGCCUCGACGACAAACAGCUCACCAGGCUUCUGGGAUUGGGACUCGGCAAGGACGACGACGACGACGACGACGACGACGACCAGCACACGAUUACCGAGUGUGAGAAACCAGCGCCGACCAGCACGCCGGUCGAGAAACUGUCGAGGAGGUCCGCGGACCCCGACGGUAACAUCGCCGACCUGACGCCCGAGGAGAUCAGGAAUCGGUUGGAGAAGCAACGCGGCUCCAACCAGUGGCACGUCUUCGUCGAAGGCAACCUGAUAGUCAAACAGGGUUUCGUCAACAAGAGGAAAGGACUCUUUGCCAGACGAAGGAUGCUCCUCCUCACCACCGGACCGCAUCUCUACUACGUCGAUCCUGUCAACAUGGUGCUCAAGGGCGAGAUCCCCUGGAGCCCGGAACUCAGGGUCGAGCCGAAGAGCUUCAAGAUCUUCUUCGUCCACACGCCGACCAGAACCUACUAUCUCGAAGAUCCCGAGGGAUUCGCAUUAGAGUGGUGCAGAGCGAUCGAGAACAUGCGAGUCCACUAUUACGGCCUGCAGGAGUCCACCGCUUAAACAAAAGACUGAAAAACACACACACGCAAUGAUCGUUUAGUGAAAACGGGAGCAGGACGAAAAGGAAAGGUUCUCAAUCCAUAGACUGUAUAACGUUGUCCGCGAGGCGCGAUAAAAUCACACAUACACACACACACACACACACACACCGCGAAUCUAUGCGCUCGUUGGUGGCCAGAGGAGGCGAUUCUAUAAGAUCGUUCGUUAGGGUGUAUUAGGACUCGUCAUUAGGAAUGAUACGUUCUAGGAUAAGUUCAGCGUUCGUUCUAUAGCGCGUUAUAUGUACAACUUAGGACAAAUUUUCUAGGUAAAGAAAUUUUUAAGCGCGCCUCUCCGAGGUACUGCGGGUACGGGGGUUAAAAAAAAGAAGUUUUUCACCGGUUACGUUCAGCUUUGUGUAUUUAUUAUCGACCACGGGGGAACCUCGAGGAGAGGCUGCGCGUCGUUACUGAUACGCGAACACGCGAGAAACAGCGAAAACUUUUUAGCCAAGGUUUUCAGCCGUGUAUCCGCGUGGUAGCGCGCGCGCGCUGACUGACGUAACGAUCGUGUGAUCGAGGUCGCUUGGCCUAACUAUUAUCGCAACAAUGUCUCGUCGACUUGGUGGACGAGGGCAGAGGAGUUUGUUUGUCCGCGAAUAUUCUUUUGUGCACGACUCGUUGGGGGGCGUAAUCAAAAUUCAAAGAUUGAUCGUUGAUUCGAAAUUGAAACUUGGGUAAGGGGUUGAACGCGUGUAUUUUCGGGGGUUGUACAGCGAUCGACGAGUAUCUCGACGCGAGCCUAACCAAGCGCCCGUCGAUCAUUCGCAUUUACAGCAGCGCGCAUCGAGAGUUCGUUCGAAAUGUAGCCAAAAUUAAAACAUACUAGCGAAUUUGCAGACGGAACCCUUUUUAGAUAGACGCGGGGCGUCGACGGCGGCCGUUCGCGAUACGAUAUUUAUAUUUGCCGUCGGUCCCGCGAUAAUAUCUAGACGCGAAUUUGUAUAGUCGAAGUCAACCAAAAACAAAAAAAAUCAAGAAAAAUGAAAAAAAAUGCAGUGGAGGACAACGUGUCGCUUUGCAGCUUUAAAACCGUUUAACGUUGCCUGUGAAAAGGGGUCCCCGGAACCGUAGCGCGUGUUGUUCCGUUCGGGAUCCCUUGCUCUCUUCACGUUCUUACAGUAUUCUUCUCUCGUUGUUCGUUGCCCAUUUCCUCGGUACUUUUGUAAAUAUUAGCGCGAUUUUUCACGAAGAGCCAGGCUUCGUAAAGCGUCUACGAAUUGUAUAAAUAGUGUUCUAUAGAUAGAUAAAUAGUUAGAUAGGUAAUUAGUUAGAUAGAUAUAGAGAAUAGAUCUUCGUAAGUACAAAAAUCGUUGUCCGGCCACGGCGUUUUUUCCGCGUUCGUUUUCCUUCUUAGUUCGAAUUUUUCCUCCUUAUCGCCCUCUACCCUGUUCUGGCCCUCGCGGACUCGAAUCGAACGCAUAAACCGCGUAUAGCCGGGAAUUUGUGUGACGCUAAGCUUAGAUCUUAAUUCGAAAGGAGAGUUUAAACAACAAAAAAAUGUUUUACGCCCCUUUCGUAGAGAAAGUAAGAGUAAACGUUCGUUGUACAAAAAAAAAAGAAGCGGUGGAGUAACGGGAGGUGAAAGAAACGUUCUCCUCCCGGCGGAAAGACUUGACACACUUGAACGUGACCCUAUGAAUUAUAAGUAGGUAGUUGAUAGAGAAUCGUUUAAAAUGAUUGCUUUAAGGUGAAGUAGUAUCCCGCUUAGAUGCAAAACUACACACAGGACACGCAUACACACAUCUAUAUGUACACGAACGACACAUGGCACAGUGGUCAUCGCGUUCAAACUAUUAUCGUUAUCAUUCUUACUAUUAAUCUUAAUUUUCCUAGUAUUUAGUAACGCCGCUAUAGUUAAUAUCGUUCACGUUAUAAUUGUUAUCGACUAAUUCGCCGUAUUACCGACCUAAGUAUUUUUCGCCCCCCCCCUCGUAAACUUCUCAAAGCGUUGUUUAAGCGAUUUCCGGUUUCGUUCUUUUGUUAUUUACUUUCUCUCUUUCUCUCUCUCUCUCUCUCUCUCUCUCUCUCUUUUUUUUCGAACUUUUUUUUUUUUAAUUUAUUACGUAUCGUGUUCUCGUCCCGCAAUUAUUUAUUUUUUACCGGUUUACGUAGCAUCGAUUUACGGAUCUACGGCACGCGUUCACGUAGUCGUUUAUAAACAUACACAGACUUAUUAGUACCACUACCGCUACCACCACUGCGAUUAUUAUUUACUAGUACUACUACUAUCAUCGCUAUUACUAUAAAAUUACUAUAUUACUACCGUAGCGCGGAUUACACGCGUUUCAGCAAAAAACUAUAUUUACUAUUAUUGUCCAUAGACGUAAUGCUCUAGGCACUUUGUAAAUAAUACUGCCGCGUUCUUCGUCCGACACGCACCGAGGCGUUAUCCGGCGUUUGGACGGGGGGCGGGCGCGAUCCAGUCGUGGCCGUAAACUGUACGAUAAUACUUGUAUAUUUCCUAUACAUAAAUAUUAUUCUAUAUAUAUAGAUAUAUAUAUAUUAUGUAAAAAGUAUAUAUAUACUCAUAUAUGCAUAUACAGAUAUACAAAGUAUUUAUGAAUUGUGUAUAGUAGUUAGGGAAAAAUCGUGUAUAAAGGUGAACGGAAAGUUCGUAGGUUUAGGUCGAGACGCGCGCGUAGGUUUAAAUAUUUCGUUGACGUUACCCACCGGCACACGACUAGAUCGCGCACGCUGCUCACCGUGAACGCCACUGUACCAUAUAUACAGAUAUAUUUAUAUAUAUAUAUAUAUGUAUGAUAAGAUAUCCAAACCACCAUCCUCCUCCUCGCGACGCUUAGGAGAAUUAAAACAGGGUAUUCGGAGGUGGAAUCCGUUGGAGGGCAGACCGUAUGGAUCGUCGUGACCGCGAUGGCCGCGCCAGUAUGCUCGAAAUAAUGGUGGUCCGUUCGCGGGCCGGCAUUGUCCUUGCGCCCAGUGGCUUCCCAAAAUGACCGCUUCUUGGCGUGCUGCGUACGGUGCUUGCGGGCGAAACCGGGGCUCGCGGCCACGACGAGACGCCAUCCGUCCUGUACCUCCGCGUCUCCUUCCUCCAGCAAACUAUAGUGAGAAAUCGAUCGCGAGGAGGCAUUCCGGACAGUUGUUGCCCACCCCUUGACCUCCCGCGACCUCUCCCGCCCCGCGCUUCACGUUUCUUUCCACGGUCGGGCGGGAUAACGUCUCGGUGGCGUGCGUGUUUUUAGGUAAAAAGAGAGAAAAAAAAAAAGAAAUACGGAAACAAGCGACGCGAUCUUUCCGACGAGACACGAGGCCCCCCCACACUCGCGCGUCGACGGCGUUUGUUACAUUUCCCGAGGCGUCGGUCGGUUUUUGUUUGUCAGAGGACGCGACGCCUCGAUCCGUUCACGGCGACGCCCGAUUAAAAAGUUCCUCGUUCCCGUCGACGCGCGACACCCCGCGUUGGCACGCGUCGUUUCACCGCGAAAAGAUCGCGUCACCGACGACGCCGUUUCAUCGAUCCCUCGAGAGACGCGUUCGAUCGACGCGCGCGUCGUUUUCCACCGUUGGUAAACUUUGCAGGUUCUACGUUUUAUGCAGGCGUUGUAAACUUUCAGGUCGAAAACGCGCGCGUUUUUCCUUUUCACCCCCUCUAUCCCCCCUCCGAGCGCCGACUUACUCUUCCGACCAGGGGAAAGGUGUAGUCGCUUUUAUUAUAUUUAAAAUAGUUUUUUUCCCCCCUCGUUAUUUGGAGACUGGUCUACCCCGAGAUUCCUGACCCCCCGACCAAGAGAGGGUCGGCGCUCCCGUCUUCUUUUGUAUCAUAGUUCAAAACUUAACUCUAGCCGAGGAAACUUAAAAAUCUCUAGCCCGUAUCUGUUGAGAGAGACGAUACACGGUCAACGCGAAUAGCUAAAUGUAAUUUAUAUCGCUCGCGAGAGAGUAGAACGAAUACUUAAAACAAGCGGGAUACGUAUUGUAUAACACGAAAUGAUAUGAAAAAAAAAAAAAUUGUUCGAACGCAUACGCGACUACGUAAGCAAUAACCAGCCAUGGCUUUUGCGAUCAUUCGAAUGGCUACCGUUUUUGGCGUGAGAAGGACGGUUCAACUAUUAAUUGCAGUAUUACUAAAUGUAUACAGACUAAAAGUACACUUAACACCGACACCACCAACACAACGGGUCACUUGUACACACUAAAUACUUCACAUCGGAUAAGAAGACUCUGUAAAUAGUUAGCAUGUAAUUGAUAUUAUAUAGGCGACAAGACCUAUUAACAU